UCAGAAAAAUGUGAAAUCCGUGGUGGGGCGCUGGACCACAUAGUUAGCCUUCAGACUACGAGGACGACGGUUAAGCUUUCUGAUACUUCUUUAAACUCUUAAUUUUCUAACCUGACGGGUCCCUCGGACCAUGGAGGGACAGCGGGAUUCAAAGAGGACUUUGAAACAAAACCCUGGAUGUUUUUCCAAAUUGUCCUUUAUGUGGUGGUUGUUAGUCUUAAUCUUGCCUGAAGUGUCCUGUGAACAGUCCUUUACAACAUUUCACCCUGAGCGACGAGAAUGGGCCUUCAACCACAUGACGGUUCACAAGAAGACAGGAGCACUCUACAUUGGUGCUGUCAACCGAGUCUACCAAUUAGCAGGCAACCUGACACUCCUAGUAUCCCAUGAUACUGGUCCAGAAGAUGACAACAAGGCCUGCUACCCUCCACUUAUCGUUCAGCCUUGCACUGAACCUCUGGUUUCUACCAACAACAUCAACAAACUCUUACUCAUCGACUACUCUCAGAACCGACUACUUGCCUGCGGAAGCCUCUACCAAGGUGUCUGCAAACUGCUACGGUUGGACGACCUCUUCAUCCUGGUGGAGCCCUCUCACAAAAAAGAGCACUACCUCUCCAGUGUCAACCAGACUGGCACCAUGUAUGGAGUGAUUGUCCCCUCACAGGGUAAGGAUGGGACCCUCUUCAUUGGUACAGCUGUGGAUGGGAAGCAAGACUACUUUCCAACCAUCUCAAGUAGGAAGCUUCCUCUUGACCCGGAGUCUUCAGCUAUGCUGGACUAUGAGUUACACACUGACUUUGUUUCAUCACUCAUCAAGAUUCCCUCCGAUACCUUGGCAUUGGUCUCUCAUUUCGACAUCUACUACAUCUAUGGUUUUGCCAGUGGCAACUUCGUCUACUUCCUGACCGUGCAACCCGAGACGCCUGAGAACAGCAUGUCUUCCAGCGGGCCCUCAAACGACCUGUUUUAUACCUCUCGAAUCGUCCGGCUUUGCAAAGAUGACCACAAAUUCCACUCCUAUGUGUCAUUGCCUAUUGGUUGUGUCCGAAACAGAAUUGAGUACCGCCUUCUACAAGCAGCCUACUUGGGCAAACCUGGACGAGUGCUUGCAGCAUCCCUCAACAUAAGUGCCCAAGACGAUGUGCUCUUUGCUAUCUUUUCCAAAGGUCAAAAACAGUACCUUCAUCCACCUGACGACUCGGCCCUCUGCGUCUUCAGCAUCCGGGACAUCAAUGCACAGAUCAAGGAGCGUAUGCAGUCCUGCUAUCAAGGAGAGGGGAACUUGGAGCUCAACUGGCUGUUGGGAAAGGAUGUACCUUGUACCAAAGCACCCGUCCCUAUUGAUGACUCCUUCUGCGGUUUGGACAUCAACCAGCCCCUUGGCGGCUCUCAGCUGGUGACCGGACACACGCUUUAUACGGAAAGCCGUGAUCGCAUGACCUCGGUGACCUCCUACGUCUAUAAUGGCUACUGUGUGGCUUUCGUCGGCACCAAGAGUGGACGGCUGAAGAAGGUGAGUCUUGAGUGCAGGUCUUGUUUUUUGGAACGCUGUGCCUCUGAUAAACUGAGAUGUGUACAGUAUUGGACAUGUUUGAGUUAACGUGUUUGUUCGCAAACAGUGUGUCACUUUAGUUAUUAAUGGUGUCUUCUGGAGCACUGCCUUGAACUGCUCUACUGGCCUCAUUUAAAAGUAUGGAUGGAAAAGGGGGAACCAGAAACUUCUUGACUAAAUAUUUAAUACCUUUUUGUAGGAUUCUUCUGGUUCUGUUCACUUUCCCGACCAUAAUGGGCAGCUUAAAGCGACCUCAGGGGUUUCUGUCUGCCUCCCUAGUAUAUUAAUUUUAAUAGAAUGUCUUCUCAGUCAAACCAGUAAGACACAAGAGGCCAGACACUGUUAUGGUUAUCAUAUGUGUAAUUAUAAUAUCUUUCAGAUAAAGGGCAUAAAGAAAAAAUGUUGUGUUAAAUGGCAAACACACGUUUUUGGUUGGUAAUAGCUGUGAUAGACAAGAAACCAUUGCUCAACUUUUAUUCAUUAAUUA